ACAACUGGGAACUCCGUAAAAACGAGGUAAAAUCAUGACGUUAGCGAUCUUCAGGUCGGAAAGUACGUGCUCUAGAAAAAUGCCCGAGUUUCCGAAUUGAAUGAAUGUUCAAAACGAUUUUUCUCAAUCGGAGCUCGUUGCCAGUUAUCUUGAAUCCACGGAAGACGGAGAUUUUCGAGUUCCCAGUUGUUUUGAACGCGGCAAUAGCCAACGUCAUUUGCUCACUCUCCACUCCGGUGAAGCACGGCCAGUGCGCGGCAGCAGUUGCUCUCUGAAUAAAGAACAGUCGAAGUCCGUGAGUCUUUUUGCAUCCUGUCUUUCAUCCAUGAGAGGUGGCUUUUAUUAAUUGCAAUUGAGAGUUAAUAUGUUAUUGGAGGUGAGGUGGUAUAUUCCUCAUAAUUUCUCCAUCAUAUUUUGUACAGAAGGCAACAAGAUAUGUAGCCUAGACCUCAAAGAUAGUUUCGUUACGAAUGGAUUAAGGGAAGUCGUAUUACAGAAGUGUCUAGGUUUCUUUAUUUUUGAUACUCUGUAAAAUAUUAUAAAUGAAAAUUUAUUGUGCAAUUUUAUGGAUUUGGUUCAGCCAGGACCAUCAACACAACCGACAUGGCAGGGUCCAAUAUGGUAUUCUCUGACGUGGAAAGUUUUCUGGAUACGCAUCCUGAGUUGUUUGAGGACUAUCUAAACAGAAAAGGGAAACAUAGUAUGGUGGAGAAAUGGCUCAAGAAUCACCAGGCAAGCAAAACUUCAGUAAGUACAACCGCAGUCGCCGAGUCGGAGAAAACAAGCGUCAGCGCCUGUAAAGACAGUUGGGCGAGCUGCAAAGGUGAUGGGGGCCCGCAUAGACGAGCAUCGCAGAAGGAACUGCGGAAAACUUUCGCCAGGUCCAAAGCUAUGAAUUGCAACAGGACAUACGAUGAGCAAGUCAACUACAGGGCUCAGGAGCCACUGACAAGUAUGAGAAGGAGAGCUCUGCUGAGAAAAGCCAGCUCGUUGCCUCCAACCACUGCCCACAUCCUGAGCGCGCUCCUGGAGUCGCGAGUGAACAUACCUCAGUAUCCAUCCACAGCUGUCGAUUUCAAAUAUUACCUUAAAGAACACAACGAAAGAGAGUUUUUCCUGGAAUUGGUAAAAGACAUAUCUAACGACUUGGAUUUAACUAGCCUCAGCUACAAAAUCCUGGUGUUUGUGUGUAUAAUGGUCGAUGCAGACCGCUGUUCCUUAUUCUUAGUGGAAGGCUCAGCAAAUAAGAAGACAUUGGUAUCCAAAUUCUUUGAUGUUCAUGCAGGUAUCACAGUUUUACCCUCCAUGAGCAACUCGGAUGAAGUGCAGGUUCCUUGGGGAAAGGGAAUCAUUGGAUAUGUUGCUGAGCAUGGAGAGACAGUCAAUAUCCCAGAUGCCUAUCAGGACCGUCGUUUCAGUGAUGAGAUUGACAAGCUGUCAGGAUACAAGACCAAGUCCCUCCUCUGUAUGCCCAUUCACAACAGUGAUGGGGAGAUUAUUGGAGUAGCCCAGGCCAUCAACAAGAGUCCAGGAGGGGCUCUCUUCACUGAAGACGAUGAGAAGGUGCUGCAGAUGUACCUGCCCUUUUGUGGGAUCGCCAUCUCCAACGCACAGCUCUUCGCUGCCUCCAGAAAAGAGUAUGACAGGAGUCGGUCGCUCCUGGAGGUGGUCAACGACCUGUUUGAGGAGCAGACCGACCUGGAGAAGAUCGUGAGGAAGAUCAUGUACCGCGCCCAGACUUUGCUCAAGUGUGAGCGCUGCUCUGUCCAACUGUUGGAGGACAUUGAGUCACCGGUGGUGAAAUUCACCAAGUCGUUCGAACUGCUGUCCCCCAAAUGCAGUGCAGACAUAGAAAGCAGUUUUAAAGACAGCAUGGAGAAGUCCUCCUACUCUGAUUGGCUCAUCAACAACAGUAUAGCAGAGUUGGUAGCGUCCACUGGUCUGCCCGUCAACAUCAGUGAUGCCUACCAGGAUCCCCGGUUUGACGCAGAGGCAGAUCAGUUCUCCGGCUUCCACAUUCGUUCAGUGCUUUGUGUACCUAUUUGGAACAGCAACCAUCAAAUCAUUGGUGUGGCUCAGGUGCUCAACAGGCUGGAUGGUAACCAGUUUGAUGAUGCAGACCAGAGACUGUUCGAGGCCUUUGUGAUCUUCUGUGGCCUUGGCAUCAACAACACCAUCAUGUACGACCAGGUGAAGAAGUCCUGGGCCAAACAGUCCGUGGCUCUCGAUGUUCUGUCAUACCAUGCAACCUGUUCCAAGACUGAGGUCGACAAAUUCAAGGCUGCUAACAUCCCCCUUGUUUGCGAUUUUGGCAUCGAUAAGCUUUCCUUUGAUGAUUUCUCUCUGGAUGUAGACGCCAUGAUAACCGCAGCCCUCAGGAUGUUUAUGGAGCUGGGCAUGGUGCAGAAGUUCAAGAUCGACUACGAGACUCUGUGCAGAUGGCUGCUGACGGUCAGGAAGAACUACCGCAUGGUGCUGUACCACAACUGGAGGCACGCCUUCAACGUCUGCCAGUGCAUGUUCGCCAUACUAACGACGGCAGGCUUCCAAGAGACCCUGACGGAGAUUGAGAUCCUGGCUCUUAUAGUGGGCUGUGUCUGUCACGACCUGGACCACAGAGGAACCAACAACGCCUUCCAGGCCAAGACAGGUUCAGCCUUGUCUCUGUUGUAUGGAACCUCAGCUACUCUCGAGCAUCACCACUUCAACCACGCCGUAAUGAUCCUGCAGAGUGAGGGACACAACAUCUUCUCCAACCUGUCGUCCAGAGAAUACGGUGACCUCAUGCAGCUUUUGAAACAGUCCAUCCUGGCCACAGACCUCACUCUAUACUUUGAGAACAGGAACACAUUUUUUGAGCUGGUCAACAAAGGCGAAUACAACUGGAACGUGAAAGGCCACAGAGACAUGUGUAGGUCCAUGUUGAUGACAGCGUGUGACUUGGGGGCCGUCACCAAACCCUGGGAAAUAUCACGCAAGGUGGCAGAACUGGUCACCAGUGAGUUUUUUGAGCAGGGGGACAGAGAGAGAUCUGAACUGAAGCUCACCCCAUCUGCCAUUUUUGAUCGAAACCGGAAGGACGAGUUGCCGGGGCUGCAGCUGGAGUGGAUCGAUGGGAUCUGUGCUCCGCUUUAUGAGACAUUGGUGAAAAUAAACCCUAAGCUCCAGCCAAUGGUUGACUUGAUCCAGGCUAACAGGGCCAAGUGGGAGGAGCUAAACAAAGAGAGACAACGCAGCCAGAGUGAGUCCAAACCCACAAGCCAUUGCAGCAGUGACACCACAGAAACAAGAACUUGUUCUUUGGGCGACACACCUUGCUGUGCAGGUGACCCUCCCAAACCAGCAAGCUAGCUCCUGCUGACCUCUCCAGGCAAUAUUUCCUCCGCCUCUUAGCUUCUUUACUCUUUAAUGCAGCCUGCAGAAUAGGCAGUGCAGUGCAGUGCAGAGAUUCUUGGGCUCUGCUUGCUUUUUGCCACUAGAGAUGGGCUUUAGACUGUCGCCACGGUCAAGGUGUUUCCUGCUCCUUCCACAGCUACUUCCUGUGUGGGAAACAGAGAGAGCUGUGUCUGACAUGUUAGUCAGAGCAGCGCAGCUAGUUAUUCCUCUGACCAUUGCAAGUGUGAGGAAACUUCAGACCUCUGUGUCAGAAUGGCAACCAGUGAUAAGGCAGGUUUAGGAGAAAUCUGCAACCUCACUACAAGGUGCAUGGAGUGUAUGUAGAGAGGACCUAACUGUUGUUUUUCUGUACCGUCAUUAUGUCAUCCCUUACGUUGCUUUCGAUAUCUGUUGCUAGAAUAUUGUUCUUGGGGAGGGUGGUUAUUUAUUUAUUUUUGUACAUAUGACAUUUGAAGAGAUGGUACAUGCAAGUGCAGUUGUUGAUUUAGAUGCUUGGCUGAUUUGGAGUCCUGGAGUUAGCUAGUGUUGAGGGUCAAGGUGUUGGGAACCAGCAGGUCCUGUGGCUAUGCUUGCAAUGCAAAUCGUUCGCUCCACUCCGCUCCUUGUGCCUUGUUUGAAACUCCUUAUGAAAAAUGCAUGGCGUCUUCACACACUGAGAUUCUUCUAUAGUUUGAGAGAUUUUAUUUGACCAUUCUGAGUUUUGUCUUGAUCUCAGUUAGAGAGUAUAUAUAAUACAUAUAUAUAAUAUAUGUAACGUUACAUAGUAUUACUGACCCAGAAGAGUUGUUUUAUAAGCCACAUGAUUGGAAAAGGGAUCAAUCACACACAUAGACAAUGUGCCUUUGCAAAAUUGUUCUGAUCAUUUCACAUUUUAUGAAUAAUUUGCCAAUUUACAAUUAGGCUCCCAUCCCAUUGGUUUACUAAUUUCAACGAUGUGCUUGUUUUUAAGUCUAUGGCCUUUAGAUGCAGGUUGAUUCAACAGAGAAUGGCUAUAUAUUCUGCUGAAGCUAUUUCAGCUGAGGGAAAGGUGCAUCAGGAAUGUCACACAAAUAGUGUAAUGGCAGCUCAUUCCUUACUAGUGUACCUCAGAAUACCAUGUCAGUACAUAACAGAACUAGGUAUUAACACAAAAAUCUAAACGUAUAAUUGUCCUAAACUAUGAACAUAAUUGUCCUAAACUGUUCCCUUUAGAACAGAACGUGUCCAUGCUGUAGCUGCAUUAGGUUCCAUGUUGAAGUUUUAUUUGGGGUAUGAAUUGUUGUAGCUUUGUUAAUUGGAGUUUAAAAAUGUAGCUGUGCGCAUUGUGUGGCAUGGAUCUUUGUGCUACUGUAUUUGGGUUGAAACAAAUUGACAAUGGGAAAUUGAAUUGCAUGAGGUGUGACUACAGUAUUGAAAUCAAACAACUGCUAUAGAUGUAGCAAACAAAAACGUGAGCCAACAAAUACCUCGUAUUUUGAACUUUAUUAUUAAUAUGCAUAUGACUAUUUAAUUUAAUUGCAUGGAUUAUACAAUUGCAUCAUGUUUGGUGAAGUAUUAACAUUGCUGUAAUAUUUUUAUUACAUUUGGUUUCAAAUGUGGCCAAUUUUUACUUGGUACUGUCUUCUUUAGCAUUUGGAAACAGCUUAUUGUAUUUAUUCAUAUUUUCCCUCUGUUACUACCAAUGGUUUAUAUAUACACUAGAAGACUGACAGGGGCGCUGUUUUGAAGCCACAUCACCUCCAUCUUGGCACUCCCCCACUGUUGUAAAAUAUAUUUUGGAUUGUAUGGAAAUGCAUUUAUUAAUAUUUUACCUUUGAUUUAGCCAAGUUUAUUAUAUUACAGACACCUUAAUGCAUACUUUUAAAGUAUAUUAUGUCAGCUAAACGUACACAUUUUAAAUAAAACAUAUAACAAAAUUUUCCUUAAAGUAUCAUUUAUAAGGACAAAACAAAUAUUCAAAUACAUGUAAUUUUGUCCUUGAAACAUUUUAAUUGAAAUACUGUAGAAUUCCAUUCAUUCCUAUGGAGGACUGCUCCCACUGGGGAGUGCCAAUAUGGCCGACCUGCGGCUUCAAGCCUCUCAUUUGCCAAUACAUAGCAUUGCAAUUCAGGGUUUAUAUACAUCAUUGGUUACUACUCUUUUCUCAUUAAGCGAGGUGAACUUGAUGGACCUAUACAGGCAUGUUACUGGAAAAUGUGCAAUGUUUUUGUUAAGUUGAAAUAAAAAUGUGCUGCUAGU